CAAUCGCAUCUUUGAAAUUUGUAAAUUUUUAGAGUUCGUUUACAUUUGCUCUAAUGAAGCCCCGUAUGCCGGGGCAAAAUAUUAGCCAUCACUAAUUUGUGUGUUUGUUGUUCUUUAUUCUGGAUUUGUCGACAAAGCACCCCUAGAUGCCAAAAUUCAUCGUUUUUGCAAUUGAAUUAUUUUUCAAGGGGAGUGUCACGCCCCACGCAUCCCCCUAUAGCGACGGGCCUGCCAAAGAUGUUGAAGUCAAAAGAUAAACUCCCACACAUUACAUGUUCUAUGGAAAAACUAACCAGGAAAAUGAAUAGGAUAUACGCUGGAAGAAAGAACAUGCAAAGGAAUUUUAACAUUCCAUUCAUAAUUUUGAUGUAGUAGAUUAUAUAUACAAGGUUCUUAAAAAGGCUAUAGGGUCUGGUCUAAAACAAAUCUGAUCUAAAAAGUUGUGGAGAGAUUAUGUUUGUACGUACAGACCCCAAGGAAUAACAGAUGUUGAAAAUAAGCAACCUGAGUUUAUCUUCGUGAAGGAAUGAUGGAUUGAUCCAAGCUGGCUGUAGUAGAUAUGGUGUUGAAAAAGCUAAUUGAAAACCAUAUAAAGCAUCUGAACCUGACGAAAUCAAACCCCUUAUUAUGAAGCAACAUUCAAUGGGUAAAGGCAUUGGAGAACAGACAGUUGUAAGCGAAGAACAAAAUCCUUACGCUGUUAAUAUAAUAUCUGGAGUUCCUCAAGCCUCUAUCUUGGACCCUUGCCUGUUCCUGCUGCAUAUAAAUGUUUUACUGGAAGUCUUAAGCUGCAGGGUACGGUUAUUUGUGGAUGAUACAAUCAGCAUAUCUAGCAGUAGAUCAGAGAGAGCACAGAAGAGCUCCAGAAAGAUCUAGAUCAAAUUUGCAAAUUGGAGGGAGACUGGCCAAUAUAAUUUUCUCAGGAUAUGAGCAAGAUGCUGAUAGUAACAAGGAAGAAGAAUUAAGUCUUACGAUAUUGAUAAAUUGCCUUUUUUGUUGUUUUAAAUUACCUUAGGUCCCCGCAUAUUGGUUCAGCAUAUCAACCAACCUCUUCCCUUGCUGUUAUCCUUGCAUUGCAACUGUACAAAGCUUUAUCAAACGGCUGUACAUGCUGUACCUAAUCAUAAUAAACGUAUAUAUUUCCUCACCUGCAAAGACAGCAGUACCAACUUGCACUGCUCCUUCCUUAGAAGCGAACUUGGGUAUUUAGUGUAUGCUCGAAAAAAGCUUAAAGUCAACAGCUGGAAGAAAAUCUUCAGUCUUUAUAGAAUCAUACAGUUAGAAAGUUCAAUAUUCAUCUUCAGAAGCAAUAUUUAUUCAACUUGUAGCAAUUUUGCAGGGGUGACGUUUCUAUUCCACACGCUAAAUUUUAGAGUUCCACAAGUGCCAUGCUUUGGCCCAAUUCUAUUUUGAUUCGUGGUAAUUGUUCCUUGGGGAUGCUUAGAUAAGCUGGCCCUUCCAUUGAUAGCAGAACACGGUUAAAAAAUUAUGAUCAAAAAACUUUUUUGUUGCGAGAACUGAACUUCUGCAUGGUCAAAGAUUGGAGUUUAUAUUGAGGAAAAAAUUAAAGGAGUACCGCCAUUUUAAAAUUCUUGUCAACUGCGCAGAAAACGGAUGUAAAAUAUGCAAAGACCAGAAAAACGACUUGACAUUGUCAUACAAACUAAAGGCUUCAUCACAGUCUAGCAUAAGCACAUAAUUUUGUGCUUUCCUUGCACAUUCUAGGAAGACCGGCCGUUUUAUACCCCCAAAACUUUUGCUGCGGUGUGUAGUCACUUAACUUUGAAUUGCUCAUAGAGUACACAGGUAUAUACUAUGUACAUCUAUAUAAAUACAUAAACAGCAACAGAAUAAAACUAGAGUUAGGAGACGAAAUUGAAUUAAGAAUAGGCAAAUAGUGUAACGAGUCAGUAGCGGCGGCAAGGGGAUGUAUGGCGAGGGGGGGGGGGGGUAAUCACUCUCCCACUCUGCCGUAGCUAGCGCCGUCACAGCAACAAUGUUACAAGGACGGUCAUUCUGCACUGCCUGCCUUCAAACAACUUAUUCAUCGAUGCGUUCAUCAGACUUGAAUCUUAUUUUAAGGCUCAAAUUAAUGUCUUUUUGACGAAGAAUUUCUUAUCCCAUCAUUUUUACAAAGAGAUUUUUCAACUCAUUGUGAUCAGGCCGGAAUUUCACACAUUAAUUUAGUAAAUAGUGGUUUGAAUUCAACGCAUUAGAGUUUCAUUUUAAGGCAAAAGAUUGAAUUGAUUUUGAAUAAAUACGAAAAUGGCGAUGAAGCGAAAGCUGUUUGUGUGUUUGAUUGAUGGAUCAAAACAGCAAAGAGAAAGGUGAUUUUCAGGGGAAAAUCAUUGAUAGGUAAAUCUUGUUUUUAACAGGUGACUAAACAAGGCUACAAGGUUGUGCUAAAACAUUGUUUAAAUUUGCAAACAACAAUCGCGAUUACUUUUACAGGCGCACGUAUUGACCGUAUGCCUAUGUUUGGAUGUUUUCGAGGCAUUUUGUGUCAGUUAUGAGGGGUUCAGAAGACAAGUGAGUCUUGGUAGAGAGACGUCAGUGGAAAGAAGCUCUGUUAUUUUCAACAUUACAAAAUUGCUGAGAUGAAGAUUAUGAUUGCGACUAUAAUCGUGAUGGUCAUGAAACAAACAAUUUAUUGUGUUUUCUUUCGAGAAGUUCAAACAGAUGGCCUCCCUGGAAUUAAAUCCGGAACAGUAAUUAUUAGCAAGACAUUUCACGAAUGUGGCAUGGAGACAACAUGCAGAUAUGUUACUAAGAAUCUUGAAACAAACGUUUACAGAAAGUACAAAUCCAUAGAAAACAUACCACAGUCCGGCAAGAAUCUGAGCAUAUGGGAAAAGGUAAAUAAAAAAGGGGACUUUAACAAUUGCAAAGAAGCUUUGGAUAAUGGAAUUACAGUAAAUGCAACAAUAGAAAUACCUUGGGGAAAUGGGUCGCAUUUUCAAGCACCUUGCGAUAUGACCACGGACGGUGGCGGUUGGACGAUAAUACAAAGACGUCUGUAUGGAAAUGUGAGCUUUAUGAGGAAUUGGAACGAGUAUGCAAAGGGGUUUGGUGAGAUAAAUGGCGACUUCUGGUUGGGGCUCCGUGCAAUGCACCAACUCACGACAGGUAGCUACAAAACAUUACGAUUUGAUUUACUGAAUAUACAGCUACACCAAGGAUAUGCAAAGUACAGCCGAUUUGUGAUCAACAGCGAGGCAAAAGGUUUCUCCAUAAGCCUGGGUGACUAUGUGGGAAACAUUGGAGAUGCAAUGAGUGAAGUUAAUGGCUCAAAAUUUUCAACAGCAGAUCGAGAUAAUGAUAGCUUUGACAAAAACUGUGCUGAAGUUUUCAAAGGCCCGUGGUGGUACAAUUCGUGCUCGUUUGUCCGAUUAAACAGCCAGUUCUCCACAACCUCCAAAAUCAAUGCUGAAGAUCCUACUGACGUCAUGAAAUGGAAAAGUUGGGAAAACAGCAACACGACGAUCAUUCGAUCAGAAAUCAAGCUUCGUUGAGACGAAGGAUUUGAAGCUGGUCGUUAGAAGAACUAUACAUUUUUUUGUUAAGUAUAGGAUAGCAGUUUAAUUCUGUUCUUAGAGUAAGGCGUAUAACGUUGUAAUUUUAAAGCACAUCCAGUAUGAAUUAUAUUGCCAUUAACAUUUAACAAACGAAAUUCGAAGCAUUGAAAUUUAGAAGCACGGUAGAAAGUUUUAGUAAUCACAGAGAGGAUUAUACCAAACAAUUCUUUAGUUUCUGAAAAUCUCUUAAAAAAUAGCCUGAUUUACGAAACAAUAAGGACUAUCUGAAGGGAAAGCCUUAUGAUAAUUGUGUAGUUGUUUCUCUCGGUGUGUAUUUUGCGGAAAAUGGUACGUCUUUGGAGAGCCAUAUUUGAGAAAUUAUCGCUGUUCUAUAUCAUAACCAGGACAACAUUAUUCGCGGACUAAUUUUACCUGUCGUUUGUAUAUCAUUACUAAAAAAUUGAUUUUUCUGAA